AUGGUCGUACAGUCCCACCUGAUUAUCACCUGCGGACCAAGUGCUCUUCAGGAGCUCUUCGAAGACGGUGUCGAGUUCAUCUCUGAGAACUACCUUGUUGCAGACGGACCCAGUCUGGUUCAUGUUACCGAUUUUUACGGACAAGUCGCAUACCUCCCACUCAAGCUGUGCUCAACAUACGUCGCACUUUGUCGCAAUAUCGAGAGUAAGUGUCUCGAUGGCAGCGAAAGAGAUAAUAAAGACUAUGUCAUACAUGUUGGGUCAGACGAAGCAGCAUUGGAGGCAGAUCAAUGGCCACACGUCAUGAAAUGCGAACGAUCUGCAAUGAUUGUUCUGCGCCUCAGCCGGAAAUUCGCGAGCCGGGCUAUCUCUUCGGUCGAUGGUUUGCGUAGUGAACCAAGAACGAUUGACAACGAUGCCGAGCAAGGUCGCCAAGCCAGUUACUUUGUUGGGCCGAGUGAGAGUUUAGCAAGGCAGGGCUACAUGGUGAAUGACCCCAGCUUACUCAUGGAUCGCAGCAACAGUAUUGUUGGUCCGAAACCGGUCAUAUUCCGCCGUCCAACACGUAUGAUUAGGCCGUCUUUCGCAUAUGACGGCCUUCAUGUCGCCAGGGCCAUUACAUAUGAGAGCGAAAACGCUGUUCAUAUUAGCAGGAGUCUGGAUGGGUCCGUUGUUGGCAGCAAUAAAACUUCUGAUGAGGCUCCAUCGUUCGCGGAGGGAGUCGGUGAUGCGUCGUCGAAUUAUGAUCCAGUCGGGUCGUCCCACAGUCCAAAGGAAUCUUGUUUACCAAACAGCAUUGACGUAGAAGACAACGAAAAGCUUCCCAGCCCUUUCGCACUUACGGCUGAUGUCUACGAUACGCGAGAAUACACAAAGGAAGAUGCUCAGAGUGCGUUGUCGUUAUCAUCUCACUCAACCCACGAGCGAGAUCAUUUCGAGUCUGGAGAGGAAGAGGCGACAUUAGGAGCGAUACGAAACGCGAUAUCAGACAGUGAAGAUGGCGUGAGACCCGGAAUAAAAGCCAGAACUGUCGUUCCACAAAGUCGAACAGAGUCGUUCGUUACCACGCAAGAUCUCUCGAGACCAUUGGAAGAAGGCAUAAAGGAGGAGGAGCUCAUUGGAUCAGAUCCACAGCUACAGGAUGAUCUAGAAAUGACACAAGAAGAAGAGAGACGUCUCGAAGCCGAAGAGAACCAUGGGGACCGAAGGGCACUCGUGGGACUACAGGUCAAAGAUCUCAAAGGGCUGAUAAGCGAAGAAGUUGCUGCUGUCUUAAAACAAAACACUGACCAGGUCAACCGCGAUGUUCAGAAGCAACUGGAACCUGAGCUUCGUGGUCGACUCGCCAAAGCUGGCUUUCUUCCAGACCUUAUUGAAGCUAUCGUCAAACAAGGGAAUGAGACAACAACGGAAGGGGAAGACCAACCCCUAUCUAACUAUACAAGAGUACCUACGAGUCAGCUCGACGAGGCCACUUUGUUUCAUUUCAAUGUCCGAUUCAAGCAUGACAUACUCGAUCCCAACUACUGGAUCAUCUUCCCACAUAUGACAAGAGAUGAGUUAGUGCCCAUGUUUGAUCACACACGCGAACGUCAUCUGAACGCACAUUCCGAAAGGGAGCGGGAAGAGCGAUCGCGCGCUCAAACACAAGAACGGCAAGAGCAACGUGCACCCUUCACCGAUGUCGAAGAUUCUUCCUUAGAAGAUGUCUCGGCAUCACUAGUGUCCUGUUACGAGGCCUCUACCAGAGUCGUUAAAGGCACCACCGAUUGCAACGAGCUAACUGUAAUGGACGACACAAAUGGCUUGAUCGAGGUACUUGUUUCGGGCACCGGCAUUGCCAACAGCGACAUGUCAGGUGAUGUUCAAAUCGAUGCAGAAGGUGAGACCUAUGUCACGGCGAGAAGGGUCACACAAUGGCAGACAGCUCUGAUGUACAAACACACACAACGCAUUUUCCAAUCUACUAUGGAGGUUAUGGACCAAUUUGUACCAAAGUACUACGACCAUCAGCUCUUGCGCAGAUGCUGGGGUGUGCUCAGGUACAUCAUCAAGAUCGUUGCCUUCAUGAGCAUCAGGAACUCUAUGUUACAAGAUCGGGAGAAGUUGGGAUUGGAAUCGACUUACGCAAUCCGUGAACUUCCCCACAAAGAAUAUGCGAAGCUACACAAGAUUUCUGUCUUGCCUUCUCCCAUAGAUUAUUCCCGAACACAGCUAUCUCAUUGGGUUAUGUCGUCUCAUCUGGCUAAUGUGGAGGAGAAAAACGAUCUCAUCGUCGAGUAUCUCAGUGCCCUGGCACUGCGUAUUGAGGCGUUGCGUUCUAAAGCAAUUGAUAUUCGCAACAGUGUCGCAAAUGAGAGAGACGAAAAGCCGAGCGAGUACCUCUUACCGCUCUCGCUUGUGAAAGCAGCAGAGAAGAUUCUCCAGACGAUCGAUACUUGCGGGUAUAGUGUCCGAGCAAUGCACAACCUCGACAAAGCCGAUACGAUGCCUUCUAUUUCACGGAACGAACUCAAAACUCAUAUGAAUCUGCUUUCCUACUUUGGCUCAGCAGCUUCUACCGCGCUUUCAUCAGCGCGUAAAGAGCUAAUGAUCAUGGCGCAUACCGGCAGCCAUAGGGGAGCGGUGCAAAAAUUCCGCAGUACUCCUGAGGUUACUUUGUUCAUAUGUCUCAUCCAUCUUUGGUCAAGAACAAUAUCGCAGAAUCUAUCUGUACCUGACUUGUACAGAGAGAAUCUUUCGGUCAUGCAAUACAAAGCUAACCGGCGGCCGUCGAAGCUUGCCCUUCGAGAACUGUACCUCUUGGAAGAGGAAUUCGAGAUGGUAGCCUCCAUAUGUGCUCAACAACGCCGCAUGAUCAGUGAUUGCUACGACGUCAUCUAUCCCUGGAGCUAUCGCAUCGCGACCAAAGAGUGCUACAGAGCCUACAAAGACAUCGCAUUUCCCCUCAUCACACACAUAUUCGAUGAUUCUGUCGGCAUGGGAGCAACCCUUACAGGAAUAAAACAAAUACGGGCAUCGUUCGAUAAGACCAAAGAGGUGCUCCGCCACAACGUUGAAGUCUCAGAAGAAAGCAACUCGAAAGCCAUCAGAGUAUUUACUCUAGUGACAAUCGUGUUUCUUCCACUUUCUUUCAUCUCUUCCGUAUUUGGCAUGAACACUACGGAUAUAAGAGACAUGAGCAGCUCGCAAGCUCUCUUUUGGGUCAUUGCCAUUCCUGCCACGACGCUGAUUGGAGGACUCUCCUUGAUGAUCGCAUAUCAUGGAACGUACAUGUGGGCUAAAGUACGCGCGAUGGGCGAUGCUGCGUGGGGAUCAGAGAAGAUAUCGCGCGGGCGACGUGCCUGGAAACGAAAGCCAAAAGACGUGGAAAAGGUAGACGAUGGCGAGAUUGCAGACACACGGCCUCUGGGACCAGAUCAUCUCCGGAGAAGGAAGACAGUUUUGAACGUCGUUGGGUCGAAGAAAUCAAGGAAGUUCAGGUGA